CAGGCUUACGUCCUACAGGUACCUAGGUGAGUAUGCACUAAACGAUACAUACAGCAUCAAGUACUCCACUAAAAAGUCUCGAUCGAUUCUGCCAUCUUCUCACUUUUGCAGUACUUCUCAACUACAUUGGCAAGUUAUCAUGGCUGACGGCGGCUUGCUCUUAAAUUUCGAUCUCGGCGAUGCGCCGGUCAAGAGACAAGUCAAGUUUACAGGUGGUAGAUGGAGGGACCGUGUUCACGCCCAGCGCAGUGCCAGGAAGAAUCAAGACGGAUCUCAAAAUGGGCCAACAAGCUCAGCCAAUUCCACCCCGCUGUCCAACCACCGACGAGAUUUUCGUCAUGCCCACGACCAGAACGACCAGAACGAAAGACCAGCGAAGCGUCAGAAGAUAUUCGACCACGCAAACGGUUCAUUAGAUAAUAUUUCCAGUCCGGGCCCUAGGACUGGCGGCGCAUCUACUAGACCCGGCGGCAUCACAUCCAGAUUAUUUACAUCUAACCCUACACCGAGAACCGUAUUUGAGGAACCUGUCGAAGAUGUUGAGCCUGCAAAGCCAUCCAAUGCUCCGUUAUCUGAAGAAGCCGAAAACUUCCACGCUCUUGGGUUGUCACCGCGCAUUGCCCAACACCUAUCGUCCAAGUUAGAGAUGAAGGCUCCGACUUCUAUACAGAAGAAUAGUAUCCCGCCGCUGGUAAAGGAUGAUAACGAUGCUUUCUUACAGGCAGAAACCGGUUCCGGAAAGACCUUAGCUUAUCUGCUGCCUAUUGUACAGCGGAUUAUGAACCUGAGCCACCAUGAGGACGGCUCUGCCACAGGAACCCGCAUACAUCGCGAUUCGGGCUUAUUUGCCAUUGUAUUAGCGCCGACAAGAGAGCUUUGCAAGCAAAUUGCGACCGUUUUAGAGAAAGUUCUACGUUGCGCUCCCUGGAUAGUCAGCACGACCGUGAUAGGAGGAGAGAGCAAGAAAUCCGAAAAGGCCCGCUUGAGGAAGGGCGUCAACAUAUUGAUUGCUACUCCUGGUCGUCUCGCUGAUCAUCUGGACAAUACCAAGGUUCUUGACGUUGGUACUGUAAGGUGGCUUAUCCUCGAUGAAGGCGACAGGCUGAUGGAGAUGGGGUUCGAAGAGGAGCUAAAGAGUAUCGUGGGGAAGAUUCGAAAGGAAGAGUUAAAAAAGUCUAACAAAGAGGGUGUAACUCUCGCCGCCCUACCGCAACGUCGCGUCACCGUUCUCUGUUCGGCAACGAUGAAGAUGAAUGUGCAACGGCUGGGAGAGAUCAGUUUACAAGACGCCAUCCAUGUUACGGCUUCUAGAUCCGAGGGUGAGGGUGAUACAGCGGUCGAUGCCAAUGAUACUGCUUUUAGCGCGCCGUCUCAACUCAAACAGUCUUAUGCCGUCGUUCCAUCUAAACUGCGAUUGGUUACGUUGAUAGCAUUGCUCAAGUCAUCAUUCGCCCGCAAAGGGUCCGUUAUGAAAGCUAUUAUUUUCAUAUCCUGCGCUGACUCGGUCGACUUCCAUUUCGAUUUACUCCGCUCUUCGUCAUCCCAUCCUCCAUCCGAAGAAUCAUCUCUAACAAAAGAUACCGUUGCCGACGCUGCGUAUAUAACAUCGCCAGCAAACCCUGACAUAACCCUUUUAAAGCUUCACGGCUCCCUCCAGCAACCCGUUCGUACAGCCACACUUACCUCAUUCCGCACCUCAAAGAAUCCUUGUGUCCUCAUUACUACCGAUAUCGCAUCGCGUGGUCUCGACGUGCCCGCCGUUGAUCUCGUCAUUGAGUACGAUCCAGCCUUCAGCGUCGAAGACCACGUCCAUCGCAUUGGUCGAACCGCGCGAGCAGGCCGUCCCGGAAAAGCGACUCUCUUCUUGCAACCGGGCUGCGAGGAAGGCUACGUCGAACUUCUCAAAUCCUCCUCGGCGCUCAUCCCCCAAUCUUACGAAUCAACACUCCAGAAGGGCUUCGUAACACCCAUAUCCCUACCCAAAUCAGACCAGGCCUCCGAGCCCCAGACUCUUGUCUCAGAUCGCCAGACUCCCAACUCCCGCGCGGAAGCCCUACAGUUACACCUCGAACAGCGGCUCUUGGCGUCCGCGAAGGACGGCGGCAACUCGAAGCUCCUGGACGCGGCGCGCCAGGCCUUCCGCUCGCACAUCCGCGCGUACGCGACGCACGUGCGCGACGAGCGCGUGUACUUCGAUAUCACGCAGUUGCACCUCGGGCACACGGCCAAGAGCUUCGGCCUACGCGAGGCGCCGGGCGGGAUCGGAGGCGGGCCGUCGAGGCGCACGAUUAAGCCGGGACAGCAGCAGAAGAAGACGGGUGGUAGUAGCGGGGGCAAGAAGGACGAUGGUGGCGAUAGGGAAGACGGCGCUGGUGCGGCGGAUGAGGAUGCGGCGAGGAGGAUGAGGAUGAAGAUGAAGCAGGUUAUGAGUGCGGCCGGGGAGUUUAAUAUUGGGUGAGGUAGUGGUGGCUUUUUGGAAAAGUACAGGAGGUUUAGUGCAUGAGUAAAAGUAAAGUUGGUCGCGAAGGUAUAGAUAAAACAGUUACGAGCGCACGAUU